AUGGGGUGCACGCUCAGCGAGGACAAGGCGGCGGUGGAGCGGAGCAAGAUGAUCGACCGCAACCUGCGGGAGGACGGGGAGAAGGCGGCCCGGGAGGUCAAGCUGCUCUUACUUGGAGCUGGUGAAUCAGGAAAGAGCACAAUUGUCAAACAAAUGAAAAUUAUCCAUGAGGCUGGUUAUUCAGAAGAAGAAUGUAAACAGUACAAAGCCGUGGUCUACAGUAACACAAUUCAGUCUAUUAUUGCUAUUAUUAGGGCAAUGGGAAGGUUGAAGAUAGAUUUCGGGGACUCGGCUAGGGCGGACGAUGCUCGGCAACUCUUCGUCCUUGCAGGAGCGGCUGAGGAGGGUUUUAUGACAGCCGAACUUGCAGGUGUCAUCAAGAGGUUGUGGAAUGAUAGUGGUGUUCAAGCAUGUUUUAAUAGAUCCCGGGAGUAUCAGCUCAAUGAUUCUGCAGCCUACUACUUGAAUGACUUGGACAGGAUAGCACAAAACAGUUAUAUUCCAACUCAGCAAGAUGUUCUCAGAACUAGAGUGAAAACAACAGGAAUAGUGGAAACACAUUUUACUUUCAAGGAUCUUCAUUUUAAAAUGUUUGAUGUGGGAGGUCAGAGAUCUGAAAGGAAGAAGUGGAUCCAUUGCUUUGAAGGAGUCACUGCGAUAAUUUUUUGUGUCGCUCUUAGUGACUAUGACCUGGUUCUAGCCGAAGAUGAAGAAAUGAAUCGGAUGCACGAGAGCAUGAAAUUGUUUGACAGCAUCUGCAACAACAAGUGGUUUACGGACACCUCAAUUAUUCUUUUCCUAAAUAAGAAGGAUCUCUUUGAAGAAAAAAUCAAGAGGAGUCCUCUCACCAUCUGCUAUCCAGAAUAUGCAGGCUCAAACACUUAUGAAGAAGCUGCGGCAUAUAUUCAGUGCCAAUUUGAGGACCUCAACAAGAGAAAGGACACAAAGGAAAUCUACACCCACUUCACUUGUGCCACAGAUACUAAGAAUGUGCAGUUUGUUUUUGAUGCAGUCACAGAUGUCAUCAUAAAAAAUAAUCUUAAAGAUUGUGGCCUCUUCUAAAAGCAUGCAGGUUGAAGAAUGACUUCACAGGAUUCUAGCCUGAUGCUUCUCGAAGUGAGAAAUACAGAGCAAGUUGGGCUGAAUGAUAGCCCAGUAUUGUAUUUGGAGUUUUAAACAGCUUUAUUUAUGUUCAUGUCCUGUAAAUUUUUCAGUAAGGUAAUUAUUAGAAAGCAUUGGAAAAUUAUCUUAUAUGUAUACUUGUAGGAAUGUUAUUUGUAAAAUAACGUCAAACAGAAUAUUUUAAUAACUUGAUUUGUCCUCUAAAUUUCCUGGGGUUUAUUGAAAUGCUCUUACAGAGGAUGAAUAUUUUGUCUUUGGAUUGAUUAUUUAAACCAAUCUUGUAAAUUUUAAUUUUGCUUUCCUUUCAAACAAGCAUGCUGCCUUAUUCCCUCUUAAGUUUUGUUUGCAAAACUUGUAAGAAAUAUUGUAGGGCUCUUAAGGUUCAGAAAAUUCUUACAGUUAAUAUUACACCACAUUUCUAUUCAGUUAAGCGCUUUCACUUUGGAUUUUACUAUGUCAUUGAUAUAGGUGCAUUGCCUUAAAGGUGGUGCCAAAAUUAAUUUUUUAUACAUUUUAAAUGAAUAAGAUUUUAUUUGUAAAUAAGUUGAGAGGGGUGUUGAGCAUUUUUGUUGGCUUAAAUUGACUGCUCCAUAAUGAAUUUAAAGACCUUCUUUUGUGAACCUGCUUCGCGAAACUCUGUGUAUGCAGCCUCCAUAAUAGUACUUUACCAGAUGAGUGUAAGAACUAGAACUACUGAUUUCAGCAGAAGCUUUAAAAAGUCACAUAUAUAGCUGGGUUUGAACCUAGUUAUUCUGCUAACUUCAUUUGUGUGACAAGGGAUUUGGGGAUGGGUUUUUUUUUCUUUCUUGGAUAUUCAAAUUCCCUCUCAUGAGGUCAGCAUCAUUUCAUUCUUAUAAAGUUCCAUUAUUUUCUGUGGAACAUUAUUGAACAGGUAGAAUUUGUAAAAUUUGAUCAAUUAGCAGUGACUAAAAUAGCAAUGAUAAUGAUAGUUUGUCAAAGCUUCGCAUUAUCACCUUCAGUAUGCUUUGAAAGAGCAAUUAUUUUUCCAGUGGAUAAAGCCCCCUUUUAAUAAGCUUUGCAGGUAAGCAGUUAAUACAUUUGGGCUGUUUAAAUGUGCAGUCUUUUUGGAUUUGUUGAUGUUUCUAUGUAAUGUUGAAGUACUUUAUGUGCAACCAAAAUUGUAUUUGUAUCCAUUUCACUUUAGUUUUUGUACUGGUAAUGUGAGAAGAAAUUGGGAAUGAUCAAAAACAUUUUUGUCAUAUUUGUCUAAAUUCUUUAUGUGCCUUGCCUGGGGGAUAUAUAUAUAUAUUUUUUUCAUUAAAUCUACAUAUGGGAGUCCUGUGUCCAGAGUGUGAAGAGGAGCAAAGGAAAUGAAGUAGAAUUGCAUUGUGAAGAAUUCUGUUCAAGAAGCACACAUUGGGACCAUCUCUGAUGACUUCCCGAAUUUUUUUUUUCCUGUGUAAUUGAGUUACUAAUAAAGCCUAAUAAAUUUAAGAUUUUUAAAAUUUUA